AAGUCUUAAAAAAACGAUGUCGAACACAUUGGAGUUAACGACAAAUCCUUUCAAAAGGCCCAUGAAUGCCCUACAGAAGCAAUGGUAUCGUAUAUUGAUAGCACGUAAACUGGGUUACGGCUCACCACGUCAACAAGCUGAAGUGACAGAGGAAAGCUACCAGAUAAAAUGCCGAAAACGCUACCAACAAUCCUUCCAUCGUUACAAUCGACAAUUCCGUGAGGAAAUCAAACAACUGGAGGCCAUGCAGCCAAGUGCCAUUGAUGCCAUGAGAUUGCACAGGACCUUUGCCAUUACAACACUUUGGUUACCUUUGCAUUCGUUACGCGAGAUCAACUUGACACUGGAACAACUUGAAAAGGUUUUGAGUGUCAAAGAAAGGCGACGCCUACAGCACAUCCUGAAAUAUGGCAUUGGCAACCAUCGUUGAUGCUGUGUGACUUCUUGG